AUGAUGGAAUACGGAAGAACGCGCAAAGGGCCGCUGCCUGGAGGUCGCCAGGGCGCGUCUGGAGCUGGCGCUGGACGCGGCAGCAUGCGAACCGCCAGCCGAGCGCGAGGUGCUGCACGACCACCCAGCAACCCCUCGCAUCCAUCAUCCCCACCAGCUGGCUUGGUGUCGGCAGGGUCUUCGCGGGCCCAGCAAUCGGCACCCGCCUCUGGUGGAGUACGCCGCAUGCGUUGGACAACCCAGAUGAACAGCAACGCAUUGCGGGCGUAUUUUGGGGCGAAAGGGGGAGAAACUGGAUGUUUGGCGUAUCGGGCUAGGAUGCAUCGUCUUUUUGCUGAGCUGGAGCCAUCUUUAACCGUCACAGAGCAAAACCUGGCAGACCGAGUUCGGUAUAUCUUGCGCUCAAAUAUAUUUGAUGUUGCCGAACUCGAACGGCUACGACGUGAGGCUGUUCCCUCGUCGGAUGAGAAUGCUACGGCUGAGGAUGCGGCGCCACAAAUGGUAGAGCAACCCGCAAACGCGGAUGCCGCCGUGAAUACCCCAGUUGUGGUUGAUUCAAACGAUGAUGGAACAGUCGCCCAGGAACUGGAAUUAGAGCAUAUGAGGAGUACAUUGGAAGAGGCGAUUGUGGAAACGCGCAGUACGCCUCUCGAAAAUCGACCGCGACUUCCCCGCAUAGCCCUAAGCAAGCGGAAUCGGGCUGUCGUGAGGGCUCUGAACCCAAUGCUGGUGACCUAUUUGGAAGCCAGCCUAGACCUUUGCAAGACGGACUCAAUUAUUUUUGGCGCCGCGCUGGCAGUCUGCCGUAUCAUAGGCGCCAAGGUUUCCACGGUUGGACGCGCUACUGGCCAUAGUAGCGCUAUCCCAGCAUGGAGAAGAAGAAUUGAGGAACGUAUCGCAAAGGCUAGAGCUCUCAUCGGCAGACUGAUAUGCUUCAGAUCAGGCAACAACAGGCCAAGAAUUGUGCGCACCGUCAGGAUGGCGUUUGCUGGGACAAAUGUCAGUUUGUCCCAGCCGGAUAUAACGCAAAAACUGACGGAGCGCAUAGAUGAUCUGAAGCAGAGAAUCGCUGCUUGGGGAAAACGGAUUCGGCGAUAUAUCGAGAGGUCGACACGGUUCAACCAGAAUCGUCUCUUCCAGAGUGAUCAGAAGAGGCUCUAUGAAUCAUUGGAGCGACCAAUGGUAAGUGGAACGGGUCCAGCACCGAAUCAGGCCGAUACUGUAGCAUUCUGGCGCGGCCUGUGGUCAGAGCCCGUAAACCACAGCGAGGGCCCUUGGACGGAAGUUGUGGCGAGUCAGUGUGCGGGUAUUACGCCCAUGGACCCCGUCAUCAUAACGCCGGAUGACGUAGCUGAGGCGGUCCGUAGGGCCCCGAACUGGAAAAGUCCGGGGCUUGACGGGCUGCAUCACUACUGGCUGAAGGGGUUCAUGGAAGAAUGUUUGCUUAAAGAAAGAUUAUAUCUUCGCCACGAUUACACCGGCAUCUGUUAUGAUUCAGUUCAAAGGCCCGUACCGGUUGUCAACCGAUACGCCAGUACAUCAGCACAUACGUCGUGUGCCGAGGACAAUACGCGCGCGGAUGGUCACGCUGCAAUCUGUCACUGA